AUGUUGGUUGACUCGUUGAAGGAUUUUGUUGGUCACACUGCAAGCAAAGAGCUUGAUAUUCCGGGAAUAUUGGAAGUUAUUGUGGGUUCUUGCAAUGGUUUGAUAUGCCUGAAAGCUCGCUGCGGCGGGGUUUUUCUAUGGAACCCUUGUACCGGAGAUGCCAGCAAGUUACCAGAACAAACUGUUAGUGAUGCCAAUUGGGAUGAUAUGUUUUAUGGAUUCGGUUAUGAUUCUACAACUGAAGAUUUCAAGGUCAUAUUGGGUGGUACAACAACAACGAAAAUCGAGGUCUUUACGCUGAAAAAGGGUUCAUGGAGGAAUGUUGGAAACCUGAGAGAUUAUGGUAAAAUAUCUGGGCAGGGGUGCUUAUCAAACGGAGCCCUACAUUGGAUAGAAAAAGGCCGUGAUUAUCAAUAUAGUUCAACAUCAAGAAUUAUCUUAUUUAAUUUAGCGGAGGAGAAAUUUUUGGAGAUGGUACGUCUAUCCUUUCUUUCUAACAACAAAUAUUCCCAAAUAGGAAUGAGCACCAUUAGAAAUUCUCUCUUUGUGUACUGUGCCCAUGCCCAUGAAGUGAUCUCGGACCCUAUUUUGUUUACAAUUUGGACGAUGGAGGAAUAUGGGGUCAUGGAAUCUUGGACUAAAGUGCAAAUUCAUAGAGACUGUGUACCUCGACCUCCAGCACUUCAUAUUUACAUUGGGCCGAUAGUUAUUUUACAGAAUGGUGAAGUUCUGAUGACUUGGAAUGAGCUUCACCAUUCAGGGAACUUAUCAUCAUUUAUAUUAUAUAAUCUACACAAGAAGAAAUCUAGGAUUGCUUCUCGGAUCCGUGUUUGUGAUUCCUAUCACCAAGCUAUGUACAUAGAGACUUUAGUUUCACCCAUAACUGGUAGCGGAGCAGUGGAUAUCUAA